CCGGGUCGGACAGUUGAAGAAAUUAAUUUUUGCACGCUAGUAGCCGCCAUGUCUUUCGAGGUGUUUGCCUUCAUUCUUGCUAUUCUCAUAAGCAUUGCCUUAAUAUUCUUGAUAAUAUGGAACAUAAUCGCAUUUGAUGAUUUGAAGACGGACUACAAGAACCCUGUGGAUCUUUGUAAUAGUUUAAACCCGCUAGUUCUUCCUGAGAUGGGAAUACAUGCUUUCAUCACAUUACUGUUUCUUGUUGGUGGACAAUUCACUGCUGUUGUCUUCAAUUUACCUUUGAUAGUGUACCAUGUGCGAAGGUAUAUGAAUCGUCCAAUGAUGAGUUCACCUGGGAUUUAUGACCCGACGGAGGUUAUGAAUGCUAGUGAACUGUGGAAAUGUCAAAAGGAGGGAUGGAUCAAGCUAGCUUUUUAUCUUGUUAGCUUCUUCUAUUAUCUUUACAGAAUGAUGUAUGCCCUCCUUGUUUGAGAUCUAGAUGUUUCUCUGCACACAUUCGCUAUCAUGGUAAUUUGGUACAUCGAACAACAAUCAUUCCUGCUAAAAGGAUCAAGAGCCAAAAAGAAAAUAGUUUGUUGAUGUCUUUUGCACCUGGUUGCAAAUAUCUCCACUGUUUCCAUGAACUGCAAAGACCUACAGUACAAAUACCAUGAAGUCAAAACUUGUUUGUCUGGAUCCACAGAAUACACAUCACACAGAUGAGAAAUAAUAGGGACUUUCGCGAGAGAUCAUGUGACUUUUUUGGUCAAACUAGUGCACAAUCAGGAUUUUAGCGGCAAAGUAACAGCAACUAACAGUAAGAAGCAACUUAUUUAGCACUCAUAAAUAAAGCCAGAAAAAAUUUUUUAGCUUGAAGGGGUUUAUUUUCAUUUAAAAGAUUGUAUUUUUUUUUUCAUUCUCUGGGGCAUGAUGGGCGCAGUCAUUUAUGCGUUUCCUUUGGCUUGAUUUGCCACCUAAAAUGUCAUGUGAUCUCUUAGUCCUCUAUUAUUCACUAUUAUAGGUCCAUUCAGUCAAUAUUUUAUUUAUCAUAAAGAUCAAAGGUCAUUUGUUUGUGAUUAACCAGGAUAGUUAUUCCCAUAAUCUUUUCCUUUUUUUCACCUUAAGAAAUAAUGUUCAAGUCCUUUUUCAACUAAAUUGAUGCCCCCUUAAACGGUCAGUUAAACUAAACUGAUAUAAUUGUGAUCAAUAGGGCCAGCUGCUGGCAAAUUUCAAAGGCUGGAUUAUGGCUAAUAAAUAUUAGAUUAAAUAAAAAAGUUAUAUAUUUAGCUGGCCUAAUUUCCUAGCCAACCAGCACCAACCUAAGGAAUGGUGAUGGCCACACCAUCUUAGUAAGACUAAUACAUUACUUUAAGUGGACUAGGAAGUUCCCAUUGAGAUUAAAAUAAAUAUGUUUAAACUGAAAAGCACUAAGUGACAGCAUUGUUAUUUAAUAAAGUUGUACAGUAGACCAUUGAUUAUAGAUUUGUACUAUUUUUGGUGUGAUAACAGCAUCUAUGCUUUGUAUUGUAGGAAUUAAAUUUUUGCCAAUUCUUA